CUGAGUCUACCCUCGUCUUAUGGAUCAUAUCUAGUGAAGAAAAAAUAUGGAACUAAAUUAGGGUUAUUGACGGAAGUGGUACUACUGGUGACCAGUUUCUUCUGGAUGGCCCUGGGGACAAUUGAGGUGUCAAUGUCAACAACAUGUCAAGAAACGAGUCCAGUGAUAUGGUGGAUCUGCUUUGUAUCAAUAAAUAUAUUCUGGUAG